UUCUAAAACUAGAACGUAUGUAAGCGAGGCGGAAUAGAGCGGUUGGAUAGAGUAGAAGUAAGAGUCUGAAUACUGUUCACAUUCAUCACUAGGCGUGAUCUGUUGUGAGCAGCAGAUGGCGCUGUUAAAGCAUCAGCUUUGUGCUGUACUUCUCAUGAUGGAGUUUGGGCUGAUAAUAUCCGCGUCUGAGAGUAGUUGUCCAUCCUAUCCUGGUGUUCCUGGCAUACCUGGAAACAAUGGCAGCCCUGGCAGAGAUGGAAGAGAUGGGUUCCCUGGACCAAAAGGAGAAAAAGGAGAUCUAGGAGUUGGUGCACAGGGACCCCCAGGAAAAAUAGGACCACCUGGAGCUCCUGGACCCAAAGGAGACAGAGAAAAUACAGGUUUAUCAGGGACUGAUGUUCAAAAUGCAAUAGUAACACAGCUUCGAUCUGAUGUCAAACACCUUACAGACAGACUCACUGUAAUAGAUAAAGUCCUAGGAUUUCGCAUUGUUAAGAAAGUGGGACAGAAGUAUUACGUGUCUGAUGGGCUGGUAGGAAAUUUUGAAACGGCACAGAAGUUCUGCUCUGACGCCGGGGUUAAAAUUGUGCUGCCAAGAAGUGAAGAUGAGAAUAAAGUGCUGAUUUCAUUGCAAGAGGCCCUCGAGUCUACUUAUGUAUAUGUUGGUGCAACAGAUGCAAAGAAAGAAGGGCAUUUUGUAGAUUCGAGUGACCAGCCUCUAACUUUUACCAACUGGAAGGAAAAUGAGCCGAAUGAUUAUAGAGGGGCAGAAGAUUGUACAGCUGUUUACAAAACUGGUGUGUGGAAUGACAUUAACUGUAAUUCCAAGUGGCAUGUGGCGUGUGAACUGUGAAACAGAUUAUGUUAUUGUUACGAUGAUUAAAUAAAAAGGGAUUCAAAGAGAUCUCACAAAUAAUAAAAUAUUAGGUUUCUGUUAUGAAAAGA